CUUCAUUCGUGCGCUUGUGCGCAGGUACUCGGUGUUCAGUGACGUCUUGAGAGAAGUUUCUUCAUAACACGUAUAUUCAACGACAUUUAUUAUUUGUGGGUUAAAGGAGUAAAAAAAAAUUACGUGAAGUUUCGUUAAUUACUGGAUCAUCGAAGUAGCUGAAAAGAUGGAGACUGCUGGGCAAUCGCAGCAAUACGAAGAGUGGAGAAAACGGGCUUUCCUCGGACCAUUGCCUAGUGGUUUUUUGAGACUUCAAGAAUAUUCUCCGCAACAACAACAAGAGGCAGCUGAUCAGCAGGCUGCACUAGCCCUGCAGCAAUUGCAAGGAACACCUCAAAUGCAUGAUCCUAGAGUUGGAAGGCUCAGCAUAACAAUUGCUCAAGCAAAAUUAGUAAAAAAUUAUGGCAUGACGAGGAUGGACCCUUACGUUAGACUUCGAGUCGGUCAUGCAGUUUAUGAAACGCAAACUGAUACAAAUGGUGGAAAAAAUCCUCACUGGAAUAAAGUUAUACAAUGUUUCUUACCCCUCGGAGUAACACAAAUAUACGUCGAAAUUUAUGAUGAAUGUUCGUUUACGAUGGACGAAUUGAUUGCUUGGGGUCACAUAGAAAUUCCACCCCAAGUUAUACAGAGAGGAGAGACCCAUGAAGAUUGGUACAUGCUCAGUGGUAAACAAGGAGACAAUCAAGAAGGAAUGAUCAAUUUAGUGCUCAGUUACACGACAAAGUUCACUCCUUAUCAAGCGGCAGCGCCCGUAAUGAUGGUACCAUCAGCAACGAUGUUCGGGAUGCCACCAUAUGCGCCGGUUAAUGUUUACACCGCACCACCAGUCGCAGCAGUUCCUCCGGUCACAGUAAUUCCAAGUUCGCUGCCUAACGCGGAAGUUGAACUCAAACAAAUUGCUGAAAUGUUUCCAAACAUCGACGCGGAAGUGAUAAAAUCCGUCUACGACGCCAAUCAUGGAAAAAAGGAUGUUACUAUCAAUUCGCUGCUUCAAAUGUGCGAAUAAUUCAACGAUUCUCUGGCUCGAAAGAUCUGUUUGACACGAGGGACUCGUUUCUAGGCACUCUAACACAGGCAAACAUACGUAUAUAAGAUAUACAUAUAUAAAUUCCAAAACGCCAUAUUUGUAUUUUCUGCUAAAAAAAAAAAACAUGUAUGUCCCAUUAUCCACCGAUUCAUCAUCGAAUUAAGAAUGUAAUAUAUUUGUAAAUUAUUAUAAUCAAUUGUGAUGCCUUUCCGCGAUCAAUUUGUUGAUGGAAUAUUUUAUUAUAAGGUGACUUAUGUCACGAUAAAAAACAAAGACAGUGUAUCAAUUCCAAGGAUAAAAACAAGGAUUUUAUUUUGACCAACAA